AGUACGAGGGACCUGAAUGCAGCAUUAUUUCCUGUUCAAAGCAAAGGAUAUACCGUCAGUGGAAGCCAGCUGCAGUUUAAUGUAUUUUCUGUUCCGGCAUUUGUUUGACACUGUGUUUGAAACUUGUUUCCCGAGCGAUGGAACCAUAGAAAGCUUUCCGGAGAUGUUUUGGGAUUAUUUGGUCGCUGCUGGACGACUGAGAAAAUCCGCGGGCUCUUCGAGAGAGUGAGAGACAUGGACAACUCUGUCACCCUGUGGCAGUUCCUUCUUCAGCUCCUGUUGGAUUCUAAUAAUGACCAGCUCAUCUGCUGGACCAAUGAGGAAGGGGAGUUCAAACUAUUGCAGGCGGAGGAGGUGGCCCGGCUGUGGGGAGCCCGCAAAAACAAGCCCAACAUGAACUAUGACAAGCUCAGUAGGGCACUCAGAUACUACUACGACAAGAACAUCAUAAAGAAGGUGAACGGGCAGAAGUUUGUGUAUCGUUUUGUGUCCUAUCCCGACAUCCUGAAAGGAGAUGUUGGCACCCGAGCAGAGAGCGGAGACGUUGGCGCCGGGGGCGUUCCUCCCCUGUUGAGAAGGGAAGACAGCAGUGGACAGGAGGGUGAUUCAGGUGAUAGAGCCAAGGUGGGGGGUACUACAGCAGCUCUGGGCUCCAGCACCAAGCAGUCGAACCGCAACGACUACAUCCACUCUGGCUUGUACACCUCCUUUACCCUCAACUCUCUGCAAAAUGGACGCCAGCUCUUUAAGUCCAUCAAAAUAGAGAAUCCAGCCGAGAAGAUGGCUGACAAGCGGGGCGUCACUGCCACCUCACAGAGCCUGGAGACAGUUUCUCAGCAGCAACAACCAACCGCUUUGCCGUCAGUCAUCAAGUUUGGAAACACCCCUCCGAAACCAGCACUUGCACCGCCUCCUCAGGUUGCCAUAGAGACGACCCUGAUGCCCAACCAGUUGGAUCUACUCCAGAAUCCACCCCAGAUGGUUGAGGACAUCAGCACACACUCCUCGCUGCCGCCCCAUUCUGUUUACUCAUUCGAACACAUCCGCCCAUCAGAACCAACGUUCACACCAGCCCUGACCUCAGCCAGUCCGUCUCCCAGCAUAGUGCUCGACUCCUCCCAGGAGCUGGUGAUCGACAGCGACAUCGAGUCCAGGUCUUCUCAGCCCACAGAUGUUCCAGCACUGGAGUCCACAGACACUCAGGCACAGGACAAGGUGGACAGUGCCAUCGGUUUGUCAGGAGAUGAAACCAGUCUGGUGGAUGCAGAAACCAGUUCAUCUUCAGUGAGCAGCAGCACAACAGUCAGCACGCAGAGUAUGGGGAAGACACGCAAGCCACCCAAAGUCCUGCAGAUCAGCCCUCCAACUCUGCUGGUCACCGCCUCUGACUUCUCCCCCAUGAACCUCUGCAGCCCCUCGCUACCUACCGCCUCUCUCACACCAGCAAUGCUACAGACUCCAACUCUUCUGUUGACUCCAAGUCCGCUGCUGUCCAACAUUCACUUCUGGAGCACGCUCAGUCCAGUCGCUCCGCUCAGUCCAGCAACACGACGCCAGGGAGGCCACCUUUUCCAAUUCCCGUCAGUUCUCACCCCUCAGUUCCAGAUCCCAGUACACAGCAUGGAUGGGACCAACACACCGGGCCCAAUUUCACCAGACCCUCAGAAAACAUAGACUCAGCCCCCUCCUCCCACCCUCAGAAAGCCAGGCAACCCUUCACUUCUUCUGCAUCUCCUGCUCCCACACUGAGGACAAUGAUGUGGGAGUUCUUUCUCUCACGUUGGUGCUUUGAAGUCCGCUGCCACAGAAACUCACACUACAGUCAGGUGUGUGGAGGGAGGGAGGGUGUGGACAAAUGUUGGCAGUCCAGGUUUGAUGAAUGAGGGUAACACGUUUGGUUUAUUUCCUGGCAUUCACACCCUCAGGAUGCUUUUCUGUACUCACUCAUCAUCAUCAUCAUCAUCACCACCACCGUCAUGCUAAUGCACUCUCUGAUUCUUUUUGUCUGGCUUUUUUUGGGACCCUGAGUCACAACACAGGAGGGACGAAUUUCCAUGGCAACAGUGCGUUGCUUGCCGGUUGGACCCUCAGCAGCCACAAGCUGCUUCAUACUCGAACACACAGAUCAGGGGGAUUACAGAUAUCUGAAUCAGUGCUUUUUAUAGAAUUUCCUUCUUAUCUUGUGCAGCAGCGUGAUUGCCAAACAAGACAGGUUUUAUGCUAUCCGUUCCUGACCUGUUUUCUCCUCAGUUGACUGUGAUUCUUUUUUCAUUUUGUGCUCCAAUCUUACCUUUUGCUCUUGUUUUAAAGGUAGUGCUUUAACCUGAUAACCUGCAUGUUUACCUGCAGCUCUUUUAUGUUUUAGCCAGUUCUCAACCUGAACUUAAAUGCCAAGCCUUGCCUCAGCUGCUGUGAAAUGCUGGCCAUAUCCAACGAGACUUUUACCUUAACUUGUCUUAUCAUAAUAAUGUUGCCAUAAUCUGAGCUGAACCUUGAAAUCGUCCCUCUGUAUAUCUCUUCUAAUGUACAGUAGAUUCAGUAGAAUAGCACUGAAAGCCAGUGUGGCCACGUGUGCCUCCUGUUGGUAAACUUUCACGUGGGAAUGAAAGAAAGCAAAGCCAUAACUGCUUCUGUGCAUUGACUCUGUAAGCCACAGUGCAUGAAUCCUGCCCUGAUUACCUUCAUUUUGCCAUUUAUAACCUAAUACUGCAAUGUUGAAAGCAACCACAUUUAAGGCAUCAUUCUGGAGACAUUUCUUUAAAGUGCUUCAAAGAAAUACUUCAACGAAACAAUCAGCAUCAAAGGAAUAGUUUUCAAAAUACUCGUAUGUUUUGUUGCCAUUGGACAAGAUUGGACAUACGCCGAUCAGUCACAGCAUUAAAACCACUGACAGGUGAACAUCAAUAAUCUUGUUACAAUGCAAUGUUCUGCUGGGAAACCUUCUAUACUGGGGUUCAUGCGGGUGUUGCUUUGACACGUAGUACCCACCUAAACAUUGUUCCACCUUUCACAUAGCAAUGACACUCCCAGACAGCAGUGGUCUCCAGCAGGACAAUGCCACACUGUGAAAACUGCUCAGGAACUGCUCAAGGAACAUGAUAGAGAGUCUAUGGUGUUAACCUCCAAACUCCCCAGAUCCCAAAAUGAUGGAGCCUCUACAGGAUUACAAGCCAGGUUCACAGAGGCCUCCCUACAAAACACUCCCAAACGUCACGUGUCCCAACAUCCUAACAGGUCGGUUUUGUUUUGGUGGCACGAGGAAGACCUGCACGAUAUCUGGCACGUUGAUACAACGUUGUGACUGAUAGGAGUAUAAAACUGGAGCUAGAAGAUAAUUAACUUGGCGCUAAGACUGGAAACAGAGAUAAACAGCUAUUCUGGUUUAAAAUUCAUUCACCUACUAGCACCUCAUAAACUUAAUGUUUAGCACGCAGUAUCUGUUGUGUUCAAUCCAAAUGAAAAGCAAGUUUACCAUUUAUGACAGACUCAUGUGUCAGACAUUUUCUACGUGUCUCCGAGGAAUCUUUUGAACCUCAAGCAGGUUCUGUCUUUUCUUGGCUUCUGUCACAUCUUUACUUGUGUGACUCAACAGAUGUAGGAUGCAGGCAUAAGCCACCGCUCCUUUCAGUCAGCUUUGUCCUUCAUUUUACCAUCAGUGUGUUUUCUUCACGAUAAGAAAGAACAGCCACCUCCAAAGAGAAACCUACCACACUGGAAAUUUCCAGUUUUUGCUGAUAAUUUGGGUUGUGUAGUAAGGCAGGCUGCUAGUUUUUUGAAGUGGAUUAUCCAUUUUAAAAUGGUGUGGUUUUUUUUUUCCCCCCUUAUAGCAGGGAGAUAGUGUAGCAGUCAGUAUGUACGACAGGUCUGGCUAAACGAAGGCUUCAUUUCUACUCGGCUAAUUUUUCACUGCAAAGCGACGUCCAUGUAAAUGGCACAGCAAUGGCUCGACCUCGAGAGACCUUAGAAAUGUUCUUUGUGCAGUAUGACAGAGGCAUGAUGCCCUGAAUGGAAAAGAGGAAAAAAUAACCUUCAAAGAACUGAAAAAACAUGGAAGUAAAAUGUUAUUACAAGUGUGUAGAGGUGUUACUAAUACGCAGGAAAAAAAGUGAUGGCUCCACAUGCUAUAAAUUUUAUUUUUGUUGCUCUGUGACGGAUCCAGUCCAGCUGCUUCCUUCUGUUUUCAGUCUGACUUUUCACUGGCUCCAGCUAAAAUCUCAUUUUACAGACAUGACAUAAAUUUUGGCAAGAAAGCAAAUACAUGUAAAACUACAGGGGGUCCUUGAUUUAUGUCGGAGUUCCUACAGUGUGACGUUAGUCGAUUUUCGCCAUAAGUUGGAACUCCGGUGAAAUGGUAAACAAAGCCAUUACUUGCAUCACGAUAUCAAUCGAUUUACUUGUACAACUACAGUAACGACAAACAGUCAUUAUCUCACAGUGAAACACGACUCGGUAGGAAUAUACUGGCGAAAAUAUGAAUUGUUAAGUCUGACUUAUAAUUGGGAGCCAUAAUGAAGUUGGUGAAUAUAGCAUAAUGCAAUGUGGCAUCAAAUGUAAACAAAACCGUCUUAUAGCAUUGCGUGAGUACUGUACAUACAGUACUGCUGUACUACAGUACAUCCGCUCUGCUUACCGUGUGACGACGUAUUCCUCCACUCGCCAACUAGUUCCAUUGAACCAAUUCCAACAUAAUGAUGAAACGCCAUACGUUAAACCGAGGACCGGCCCCUAAUCUAUUACGACAUAACGGCGAAACGACACGGGUCAAGGACGUCGUACACCGAGGACCUCCUGUAUUACUUAAAGUCUAAAUGGAAGCAGACACAGAUGGAUUUUUUCCAGAUAAAUCAAAUAUCGCACAACUUUUGUGAUUGUCUUGGCUUUAGUGACUUGUUGCUUGUAGUGCAGUGCUGUUCACUCAACUCAGAUUUAAUCCUCAAAUGUCAUUAACUAGACUCUUGUCAUUGUAACCUUUAGCUUCUCCUUGACUUAACCCUCUGAUUUGAGCUAAAAACAUUAUGACCGCCCGUCUAAUAGGCUGUUGAAGUUUCACUUGCAGCUGAUACAGCUCAGGCACCAAGACGUUAACCAGUUUGUGGUUGGUUGGUCGUCGCUGCUGGUAGAAGACACCCCACAUGCCUUUGUGUUUAACAGAUGAAUAAUCCGACUGAAUAAUUUGGCCCUUACUAAAGUUAUCUAGCUGCCCAUUUCUCCUACAUCCCAUUUGUUGAUUUGGAGAACCAGCUGUUCACUUACUAACAUAUCCCACAUCUUGACACGUGUCAUUGUUACGAGAUAAUCAGCAUUUCUAAUUUCAUCUGUGGUCCGAAUGUCUUGGCUCGUCGGUGUACAUUAAGUUUACAUCCUGCAGAAGACAAAUAUUUGGUGACACUUUCCCAUCUCCUCAGACCUCUCUGACAGAUGAGUUUCACAUUCGCUUUGUAAGUAAUUUUAAAGCCAUAAGUCUGAGACGCAGACUCCAGACGUAGAUCCCACCUUUCUAUGCUAUCAAACGUGGAAAUUGUACAUCGCACUUGUUUACACGAUGCUUGGAUAGAACACACCCAAGUGUUUGCCAAAGUGUCACUUUCUAACCCAGGGAUGGAUGACCAGCGAAUUCUGUAGGGGAGGGACGCUCAUUUUUACUCCGCUACCAGACAUCUGCCCCCUCAGCCUGCAGUCCGUCACAGAGAUAUACGGUGCCUUACCCCAGCCAAGCCCAAGGUUCUCUCCUAGAUGUGGAUGGAGUUCUAUCAUUGAAAAGGUUAUAUACAUAUGUGUGACAGCGCUCCGUUUUUUGUUUUUAUGUCAUAUCUUUGUGUAGACCAAAACCCAGAAGUAUGAAGUAAAACUUCACAGGGAUAUUUUAGCAGUUCAAAUACGUCGCAGCGUUGUUGUUUUUUUUUUCUGGAUGCAUUACUGUACAUACAGACAGCAACAUGUGUUGAUGAGCACAGCAUGUAAAAAUCAGGCCAGGUUUAAAUUUGGUGUCUCUUUCCCACCUGCUUCUUAAAUGUUUGUGAUAACAGAUUUACUCAGAAAGUAUCUAAAUAUAUAUAUAUAGAAAACCUGUUUAGCAUUUUUUUUGUUGGGGGUGGGUCGGGUGGGGGGGAAUCAAGGCCUUACUGGGAGAAAUGAAAUCUAUGUUUUCUAUGUUAAAUGUUUUGAUAUAGUGUUGAUAUUGUAAAUGCAGAUGUUGUAAUGAAACGUUUGCACUUCAAUUUUUGGGGUUCCUGUAGUAUUGGAUUCUGUCACUUUUCUACGACUCGGAUUUGCUCUUUGAUGAAGUGUUGUUUGCUUACUGAAAAAUGUAUAUUUUCCCAAAGAGAGGAUACAGUUAUGCACUUAUAUUUUCUAAAGCAUAACAGAGUAAAAUCUAAUCUUUUACUGUGUUUAUCAAAUAAUUUACAGUAAUUUGUAAUUAGGCACUAUCACAUAAUAUAUAUUUGUGAGAAGAUAUAGUAGAAACCCAAUGUAAUUGGUAGCUUAUACUGCAUUUUUUGCAGUAACUUUAUUUAGCAAACUAUAAAAUAGCUGGAAAAGACCCCCAAAGCCCAUUUAAAGUUUCCUCCAUUACGUCCCCUUGGACUCAUCAUUUAAGUAUUUCUUCGUUUGUAUCUUCUGAUGAUGUUUUUCCUCCACCUUACCUUAAAAUGUACAAUCUGGUUUUACAAGAAAUGACACUGUUCUUGUUUUGUUCUGUCCAGUUCUCGAUUUGUUGAUGCUUUUUCAAAUGUUUACAAGCUGCUUGUCUUAAGUGGCGUAUUGAUGUGCGAGAGGUGUAGAGGAAGUGUUUAUUACAAAAAAACUAGAUGAGACCAAUAAUAAAAGAUCUCUAACUACAUCUUA